CAUGAACUACAAUUUGUAGGUGAAUUCAACCCCAAGCGGCCGAUGCCCUGCGAAGCGGGGUGCGGCUUGGUGAUCCCAAAAGAUGAGUUGGCGGAGCACAACUGCGUGCGCGAGCUCCGGGCACUGAUAGCCACUCAGCAGGGCAAGCUCACCGAGUACCAACAAGAGCUUGCCGAACAGAGGCUGAUUAUCAACGAACAUAAAAGGGAAAUGGCUUUGCUCAAGGAAUUUAUGCGCGCUAUGCGAUUAUCGAAUCCCACAAUGCGAGCGUUAGCUGAUCAGAUGGAGAGAGAAGAAGUAGUGCGCUGGGCCAACUCGCUGUCCAGAGCGCGCGUUACGCGCUGGGGCGGUAUGAUCUCCACACCCGACGACGUUUUACAAAUGAUGAUUAAGCGAAGCUUAUCAGAAUCGGGCUGCCCGCCGCAUAUAAUCGAUGAUUUAAUGGAAAACUGCCACGAGAGAAGAUGGCCUCCGGGACUGUCUUCACUUGAAACUAGACAAAAUAAUAGAAGAUUAUAUGAGAAAUACGUAUGCAAGAGAGUGCCAGGCAAACAAGCGGUUCUCGUCCUCCACUGCGACAACACGCACGUCGACGAACACAUGAUGGUCGAACCCGGACUGGUGAUGAUCUUCGCACAUGGAAUAGAAUAGAUGGACUGCGCGUCUGCAGUUAAUGCGUGCAGUCGUGAUCAACUGUAUACAAUCGAAUCUUCAACUGCGUGCAGUCGAGACUUCACCUGCAAGUGUCGACUGCAAUCAACGUAUAUACAACAGUGCCAGAAUCAAAAGUAGCGGUUCACAUUCUUAAAAUAUGAAUUUAUUGUGUCUAACAAUUUGGUCUAGUAGUAACGGCAAAAGGUGGGAUGACGAUGAAAGAGGUCGCAUCGUCACAAAGGUAACGAUUAGUUGAGGGUUUAAUCAAGUCAAUGGUAAAACAAAAACACGAUUGGUGAACACAACGAAUUUAUAUAAUUUAUACAAUUCUUCAAAUAUUUUUUUAUUGUAAAGGCACCUUAUUUGCAUUUUUGGUAGCAAAUUCCACAGUAGAGUACAGUCGGG